AUGGUCCACGCUCUACCUCGCAUCCCCCUGCGGAACCUCCUGCGCCAGCCAACCGACGAGAAGCGCCACCGGGCCUUUGUUGUAAUGCCCACCCCCACCGCCAACGGCAGGUAUCAGUUCGAUUCUUUCCAUCCUAGGCGCCUAUUGGUCCUUGAGCUCACGCGCCUUCAUUCAGUUGCAGAUAAGGCAGCAAUGGGGGAGUUCCUCUGCAAGCCCCGCUCCCGCGGCCGCUCCGAGGUCAAGGCGGAGCUGGAUCUAGCGAAUGACGGUGGUGAUAAAGUGGAAGUGAUUGAGGAAAAGUAUAUCCAGGAUCUUCUUGCCCGUGCUGCUCUUACUGACGAGCGCAUUGUUGAGACUCCUAUGGAGCUCAAUCUUCACCUCCGUGCUACUGAUGGUGCUAUUAGCAUUGUGCGCGAUCCUGUGAAGCAUGAGCUCACCAAGCAUAUUGGUGUUGAUGCUUUCUAUGUGCGCGCUGGUGUGCAAGGUCAACUACAACUGAACCAGGCCACCUUGCAACAAGACAAGUAUGAAUUUAAUGCACUGCACCAUGCUAUUCGCAACGGUCACGAGGAUCUUGCGCUGGAGUUGAUAGAAAAAGAGCCUGCGCUGUCGCAAGCACUGACCAAUUUCAAUGAGUCGCCCAUGUUCAUCGCCGUGAUGAGAGAUUUUCCGCGAGUUUUCAAGAGGCUGCUGGAAAUUCCUGAUUCUGCUCAUGGGGGAAAGAAUAGCCGCAAUGCUCUGCAUGCUGCGGCAAGGAACGGGAAUUCAGACAUUGCUAAAAAAAUUAUGGGGAAACGGCCUUGGCUAGCCACAGAAGCUGAUGAGGCGGAGAAUACUCCAACAAUGCUGGCUGUGAUUUAUGCCAAGGUUGGCGUACUGCGAGUAUUGCUGGAACAUGAUUCUUCUUUAGGAUACGAAAUAAGCAAAAAGGGUAAUCCGCUCCUUUGCGUUGCCGCAUUUCGAGGCCAUGUUAAUGUUGCCACAGAGCUUCUUCAUCAUUGUCCAGAUGCUCCUUACCGCAAUACACGUGGAAAUAUGUUUACAUGCCUUCAUGAAGCUGUACAGCAAGAUCAUAUGGAAUUCGUCGAAUUUAUCCUGGAAGCAGAGACAACACAACUCCGGAAAGUCGUCAACAUGCAAGACAUUGAUGGAAAAACCGCUCUACAUCACGCGGUCCAGAAGUGCAAUCCUAAGAUGGUUGCUGCUUUACUGUCCCGCAAGGAUAUAGACAAGACAGUGAUUGACAAAUUUUCUGGUUCAGCAGUCCGGGAACUGUCGAACAACAUGCAUCAUGUCAAGACUGUGAACUGGAACGAAGUAAUCAUGCGUAUGUCGGAAGCUGAUCCACAUGAUGCUACCGCUCUUCAUAACCUCUACGUGGAAGCCAAGCAACUGGCAAUUUAUGAAUCAAGGAAGAAUGUGAAGUCACUAACUAAAACAUACACAACCAAUACCUCAUUAGUGGCGAUCCUCAUUACGACAAUCACCUUUGCCGCUGCUUUCACUCUGCCUGGAGGAUAUAGCAGUGCUCGUGAUAGCGAGGGGCUUCCUGUCAUGACUCGAAGGUUGCAUUUAUGGCAUUCUUGAUCUCUGACACCUUAGCAAUGUGCUUCUCGUUUUCUGUGGCCUUCAUAUGCAUCAUGGCAAGGUGGGAAGAUUACGAGUUCUUGACCCAUUACAUA